AUGUCGAACGUACCGAACCUCUUCCGCACGAUUCAUCCGGACAAUCUACACCUCCCUCAACAUGCCACUCUAACCAACGGAGCACUGUACGAUUUCAUGAAUCCUCUUCUCCGUCCUGGCAUCAGCACCGGCGUCGAAGUCUUUAUGCUGAGCGAUGUGGUUCAGUGCCUCGUCACAUUCAGUGUAUGCUCCUACGUCGUGUUUUGCAAAGGUAGAGCGCGCAAGAUGACGCUUUUCUCUUUGCGACGCAGUCAGUACGGGACGUUUAUCGUACCCAAUGCGGUGUGCAUCUUGCUGUUCGGUGUAUGUGUGUAUCUGUUGUUUUGGGCCGGGUACUGUACCUAUAUUGUGGCAAUGGACAUGAUGGGAAAGACGUAUGCGGAUAUCGUGUGGUUGAUUCCUUAUCCUUGGCUACCGUUGGCAAUCGGCGCUUUCCUCUGCGCAUACGGCUUUGCGCUCACCUGCAGUCCGCGCUCUCCCAUCUCAAACUUCAGCGGUAGCAUUCAACCCUCUCCGAAACUGAGCAGGAUACACCUGCCCAUCCCACAUUCGGCCCGGCUCGUGAACAGCUUCCUCAUGGGCGUCACGCUCAUCGCGUUUGUCUUCAACACCACCGUUCGUUUGAUCAAUCUCGACAUGCGAAACCGAGCCCACAAACCAGGCCAUGACUUCAGUGGCGACGUUUUACAGCGACACCACACCCACGAAUGGCGAGAUCAAGUAUCCACCACGGCCAUGCUUGCCUUUGCACGAGUCGGAUGGAGUGACCUGCUCAACGUGUAUCGAUUCUGCAGCAUGGCAUAUCUCUCCUUUACCGCCAUGAUCAGCUUGAUCGUGCUCAUCCUGUUGCUCUACGCCGUACCCAAUCAAAUCUUCCUCAUCAAUCACGUCUGCGACAUCUAUCCCGGUCCUCUACCUUCGAAUUGCGCCAAGGAUGGGGGCUUUUUCUCGAACCUUCGUCUGCUCUACCGUCUAGGCCUACCACGCAACCUGCACGACUCAAAGUACCAUGCGUUCAAGAAAAUGUGGAUGGUGACGAUGGGAAGGUCGCUGCGCAACACGAUCGAUUUGGCGUUUGGUUGGGUCAUCCCAGUGGCGUUCAUCACGGCAUUUUGGAUCAUAGCGCUUUCAGCGACGAUGACGUUGGAUGACAUCUUCAGAGCUGUCUCGGGAAUGGGCGAAGUCAAGACGGAAUCGAGGGCAAACGAUCAGGAGACAGCCGUCCAGUCGCAGAUCAGCCAGGCCAGAUCACACGUGCGACUCAUGUCUUCAGGGUCGAACAGUGCUGGUGGCGUAGGAAGGGGCACGGGCGAUUCGAGAAGAACUAUCUCGUUCCUGGGCGACAAGUUGGGUGUUCGUCAGGAACCAAGCUUCUCCGCUUCGUCGGCAACACUGACCGACGAAAAGCACUCCAGCGCAGGCGACCACUCGCCCGACCACGCCGGCAUCAGAGUCACUAUCGUCAAAGAAACCACCGUCAGCUAA